AUGGCCAGCCAGUCCUACAACUUCCAAUAUUUUACAGUGCGCUUCCCGAGCGACCACCAAUAUGUCGCACACGUGGAAAUCAACCGCCCAGAUAAGCUGAACGCCUUCGUCGAAGCUAUGUGGCACGAAAUGGGCCAAAUUUUCACCCAGCUCUCCUCCGACCCUUCCGUCCGGUCCAUCGUCCUCAGCGGCGCCGGCGAGCGAGCCUUUACAACCGGGUUAGACGUCAAGGCCGCGUCGCAGGGUCUGUCUCCCGAUGCGUCCGAUUCAGCACGGAAAGCGGUAUACCUCCGCCGGUUUAUCGGUGUUUUCCAAGAUUGUAUCUCUGCCGUGGAGCGGUGCGAGAAGCCCGUGAUUGUGGCCAUGCAUGGUUUCGCGCUCGGUCUGGCGGUCGACCUCUCCACUGCUGCCGAUGUGCGCAUCUGCUCGCGCGAUGUCCAGUUCUCUGUCAAGGAGGCGGAUCUUGGGUUUGCAGCUGAUAUUGGAACGCUCAGUCGUUUGCCCAAGGUGGUUGGGCAUUUCGGCUGGGUGAAGGAGGUGGCCUUGACGGCCCGCACUUUCGGCGCGGAAGAGGCUCUCCGCGUUGGCUUUGUAAAUGCUGUCUACGAGUCUCGUCAGGACACUGUUUCUGCGGCGCUGAAAAUGGCUGCGCUGAUGGCCUCGAAGAGUCCCCUUGCCAUGCAGUCGACGAAGGAGAUCUUGAACUAUUCGCGCGAUCACACUGUGGAGGAUGGCUUACGAUAUACGGCUGUUUGGAAUAGUGCUGCCCUUCAAAGCAAGGAUGUACCGGCGGCAAUGUUGGCGGGAAUGCAGAAGCGGACGCCGACUUUUGAGAAGCUUUAG